AUGGGGAUUCACGCGCCUCCUAAAUCCAAGCAUCUUCUUUGGAGGACUUGUCGGGGUUGUCUUCCUACUAGAAGUAAGUUAAGGCAACAUUAUGUUCCUUGUCCUAAUAAUUGUCAAUUAUGUGAGGGAGAAGUAGAGGACAACUAUCAUAUUUUCUUUGAUUGUGCUCUUAUAUCUCAUUGUUGGUCUGUAGCAGGUCUAGAAGAAGUGAUUAGACUGAAACUUGUGUCGAUGAAUGAAGCGAAAUUGGUGAUUCAUGAUAUUUGUAGCAAAGAAAAUAAGAGGGUUACUGGAAAAGUGGAAAUUAUGUUAUGGGUGAUUUGGAAUAAUAGGAACAAUUGGAUAUGGAACAAUGAUAAGAAAGAUGCUAACCAAUUGAGAAUGCAAGGGUAUACCACAUAUGGAAGGAUUGAUAUAUGGCUCAAGUACCCCACGAUUCGGAAGGAAGUGUCAGUCAUCAGACAAAUCAUAUACAUAUGUGACAGCCCCCGAGAAGUGGAUGGGUGA